AUGUCCAAAUCUCUUCUCCUCAAGGAGGAGGGCAAUCGCUACUUCCAGAAUCACGACUAUGUGAGCGCCGAGGCUCUCUACUCCAAAGCCUUGAUAGCGGACCCGAAGAACCCGGCGCUCUACACCAACCGCGCCAUGGCGAGACUUAAGAUGUCCCUGUGGGACUCGGUGGUGUCGGACUGCAACGACUGCCUCGAGCUCUCGCCCGACAGCAUGAAAGCCCAUUACUACCUCUCCCAGGCGCAGCUCGCCCUCCACAACCCCGCCGACGCCCUGGAGCAUGCCAAGCGCGCCCACGAGCUGUGCGUGGUCUCGGGCGACAAGUCCCUCGCCUCCAUCACAGCCCAGGUGCUGAAGUGCAAAAAGGAGCACUGGGACGACAUGGAGCGGCGCCGGAAGCGGGAGGGCGCCGAGGUGGAGAGCGAGGUCCUCGCCCUGAUGCAGGGCGAGCGGGACGGGAUGCUCCGGGACGCCGCCGGCGAGGCGGACAGGCGGGAGAUCGGGCUGGAGUGGGAGCAGAAGAUGGCCCAGCUGCGCAACAUCUUUGAAAGGGCUCGCGUGUCCGAGGAUAGGAGGAGGACCGUCCCGGACUGGGCCAUCGACGACAUCAGCUUCGGCAUCAUGGUCGACCCCGUAAUCACCAAGACGGGCAAGUCGUACGAGCGCGCCUCAAUAAUGGAACACCUGAGGAGACACCCGACCGACCCACUCACUCGGGAACCCCUCUUGGCUUCUGAGCUCCGGCCAAAUCUUGGCUUGAAGCAGGCUUGCGAGGAGUUCCUUGACGAGAACGGUUGGGCCGUCGACUGGUGA